AUGGAGGAGUCGGUGGUGGACGCGGCGUCGCUGCCGCGCUGGCAGGAGCUGGCGCCCUCUCGGCCCUCCGUGGAGCGCUACUCGGCGCCGCGCCACGAAAGCAGCCCCUUUCCCUGCCGGCCCGACAUCAACCAGGUGGUGGCCGUCUGGUACGGCCGCCUGUGCCAGCUGAACACCUCGUGCGUGGUGGUGUCGUCCGACGAGCGGGACAGCGGCGCCAGUCCGGUGUGUCGCCACCUGAUGGAGCGGGCCGGUCCCGAGAUGGCCGCGGAGCUGCGGCGCUCACGAACCCGCCUGCCGACGGGCGAGGCCCGGCUGACCAAGGGCUACAACCUGCCGGCCCGCUUCGUCAUCCACACGUCCACGCCGCGCUACAACCGACGCUACAGGACGGCCGCCGAGAGCACUCUUCACGCUUGCUAUAGGGAGGUGCUGCAGCUGUUCCCGCCCGACGCCGGCGCGCACAUCGCCCUCCGUACGGUGCGGCGCUACCUGGAGCGCUUCGCCUGCGCCGACACCCUGGUCGUGCUGGUGCCGGACGUCAUGGACGCCGGCAUAUACGAGGUGCUGAUGCCGCUGUACUUCCCGCGGAGCCCCGAGGAGCAGCAGUACGCCAGGUUCCAGCUGCCGGAGGACGUCGGCGACGAGUUCGGCGCUCCCGUGAUUCCUGACAGGGCGAUCCGCAUCAUCGACAACCCCCAGCACAGCUACCAAGGUCUGCAGCACUCGGGCGAGCACCGCGGCGAGCUGCCGGCGCGGCUGGCAGCCGACCUGCGCGACUUCUCCCAGAUGGAGGACGACGUCGACCGGCAGCGCCUGCUCGGCACGGGGCCGGCCGGCAGCGCCUCCAACUUUGCCAUCUCGCAGCAGCUCUGCAAGCGCGAGCGAUACGAGCGCCUCUUGCGGCGGGCGCGCACAGAAGACCUGUCGGAGAUCUCGGGCAUCGGAUGCCUGUACCAGACGGGCAAGGACCGCUUUGGCAGGCCCGUCAUCUGCUUCAUCGGCAAGUGGUUCCGCGCCCUCGAGAUCGACCUGGACAAGGUGAACAUGCCGUAG